GGUCCAUCCAGCAGGUGCAAAAGGGAUGAUCAAUUCCAAUAGCAGGUCCUAUGUUUCUGAGCUUUUAAAAGAAGAGUGCGGCCUGAGAAUCGGCGUGAUUCCAGACCCGCGGCACCAUGAGGGCUUCGGCCCCGCUGCUGGCCCUGCUCCUGCUGGGGGCCCGGGCCCAGCACAGUUCCGAGUGGACCUACUCAGAGGGGGCACUGGACGAAGCACACUGGCCAAGGGAGUACCCCACCUGUGGGGGGACGAGACAGUCACCCAUCGACCUGCAGAGGAGAAAGGUUCAGUACAACCCGUCGCUGAAGGCUCUGAACCUGUCAGGCUACGAGGUCCAGGCGGGCGAGUUCCCCAUGGUCAACAACGGCCACACAGUGCAGAUCAGCCUGCCCCCGAGCAUGCGCAUGACGGCCAGCGAUGGCACCCAGUACAUAGCAGAGCAGCUGCACUUCCACUGGGGUGGCGCGUCCUCCGAGAUCAGCGGCUCCGAGCAUACCAUCGAUGGGAUCAGAUUUGUGGCUGAGAUUCACAUCGUUCACUACAAUUCUAAAUACAAGAGCUACGAUAUAGCCCAGAGUGAACCGGAUGGUUUGGCUGUGCUCGCAGCCCUUGUUGAGGUCACGGAUUUCGGUGAAAACACUUACUACAGCAACUUCAUUGCUCACUUGAACAACAUCCGGUAUCCAGGACAAAGCAUGGUUCUGAGUGGCCUUGACAUUCUGGACAUGCUCCCCGAGAACGUCCACCACUACUACAGCUAUAGAGGGUCACUCACCACUCCUCCCUGUACUGAGAACGUCCACUGGUUUGUGCUGGUCCGUCAUGUCCCGCUCUCCAGCGCACAGAUUUGGAAGCUAGAGAAUUCCGUAGUGGAUCACCAGAACAAGACCCUCCACAACGACUACCGGAGGACCCAGCCCCUGAACAAUAGAGUGGUGGAAACCAACCUCAUCAAUCUCCCUAACCAGGGUACUGAGUUCCAGCUUUAUAUAAACAAGCUCGACGAUAAGCUGGAAUACUUGAGAAGACUUAUUGAAAAGAAAAACAGGAAAGAAAAACACUACAGGCGGCGAGCUUGAAGAGGGGGGUGUACAGGACGAGGUGGCCCUCCCCUGAGCCCACGCCCUGCCGGGCUCCCCCCGGGUCCCCCCGGCUCUGAGAAAUCCCAUGUCGGAAUGGCAGCCUCCCCGAGGCUUCUGUUCAGUUUCUGAGUUAAGACAUGGGAAACUGGGGCGCCUGGGUGGCUCAUUCGUUAAGCAGCUGCCUUCGGCUCAGGUCAUGAUCCCAGGGUCCUGGGAU